GUGAAUUUAGAGAGAGAAAGUGAGAGGAGAACAAAUAAAUAUACAGAUUUUAGAGAGACGGAGAGACCAGACCCUAGAUUUCUUUCUGACUAAGAACAGGGUUCUUGAAUUGGACUGCCAGAUCCCAAAAAAGCUACAAUUUUAAUCAUUGCACACAGAGGUUAAGCAUAAUUGUACCUGGUUUCAACAUAACAAGGUAAUCUUUGUUUUGGUUUGGUAUUUGAUUGAGAGGGGUCUUGUGGAAGUGUUUUGUGUAAUAGAAGGCGGUAAAGAUGAUGUCUAGAUCGUAUACAAAUUUAUUAGAUCUUGCAUCCGGGAAUUUCCCCGUGAUGGGACGCGAAAGGAAGCGCCUUCCUAGGGUAAUGACUGUUCCUGGGAUUAUAUCUGAGCUUGAUGAUGAUCAAGCUAAUAGUGUUUCAUCAGAUGUCCCUUCAUCUCUUGUCGUAGAUCGAAUAAUUAUUGUGGCUAAUCAGUUGCCUGUAAAAGCUAAGCGUAGACCAGAUAAUAAAGGGUGGAGUUUCAGCUGGGAUGAGGAUUCUUUGUUAUUGCACAUAAAGGAUGGACUACCGGAUGAUAUGGAAGUUAUUUACGUGGGGUCGUUAAGGGUUGAGGUUGAUUCUAGUGAACAAGAUGAUGUGUCACAGAUUUUGUUGGAUAGGUUUAAGUGUGUACCAGCUUUUCUGCCUCCCGACAUUUUAGAAAAAUAUUAUCAUGGUUUCUGCAAGCAGCACUUAUGGCCACGUUUCCAUUACAUGCUACCAUUUUCUGCGAGUGAUGGGGGGCGCUUUGAUCGGUCAUUGUGGGAGGCGUACGUAGCAGCAAAUAAGAUUUUCUCACAGAAAGUUAUUGAGGUGAUAAAUCCAGAUGACGAUUAUGUUUGGAUUCAUGAUUAUCAUUUAAUGGUUUUGCCUUCCUUUUUGAGGAGGCGUUUCAUCAAGUUGCGAAUGGGGUUUUUUCUCCACAGUCCGUUUCCCUCAUCGGAGUUAUAUAGGACUAUACCUGUGAGAGAAGAGCUUCUCAGAGCACUAUUGAAUGCUGACCUUAUUGGCUUCCACACCUUUGACUAUGCCCGGCAUUUCCUUUCUUGCUGUAGCAGGAUGUUGGGUUUGGAAUAUCAGUCGAAGAGGGGUUACAUAGGAUUGGAAUACUAUGGAAGGGCUGUUGGGAUAAAGAUUAUGCCAGCUGGAAUUCACAUGGGGCAGAUCGAGAAAGAGUUGAGUCUUGCAGAUAAAGAGUGGAGGGUAGAAGAGCUCAAACAGCAGUUCAAAGGGAAGAUUGUGUUGCUCGGGGUAGAUGAUAUGGAUAUCUUCAAAGGAGUGGAUUUGAAACUUUUGGCCAUGGAGCAGAUGCUUAAGCAGCACCCGAAGUGGCAGGGAAGAGCAGUAUUGAUACAGAUUGCAAAUCCUGCUCGUGGGAGGGGGAAGGAUCUUGAGAAAAUACAGGAUGAUAUACAGGCAAGCUGCAAACGAGUUAAUGAUAAUUUUGGCCAGCCUGGUUAUGAACCAAUUGUCUUCAUUGAUAGGCCAGUUUCUCUCAGUGAACGGGUUGCAUACUACACUAUUGCUGAGUGUGUUAUUGUAACUGCUGUAAGGGAUGGAAUGAAUCUUACUCCAUACGAGUAUGUUGUAUGCAGGCAGGGAAUAUCCGGAUCUGAUUCUAGUUCAGAAUCAAAUGGUCCGAAGAAGAGUAUGCUAGUGGUAUCGGAGUUCAUUGGAUGCUCUCCUUCACUGAGUGGUGCGAUACGCAUCAACCCAUGGAAUAUUGAAGCAACUGCUGAAGCAAUGAAUGAGGCAAUAUCAAUGGCUGAUGCUGAAAAGCAGUUGCGUCAUGAAAGCCAUUAUAGAUAUGUUAGUACUCAUGAUGUGGCAUAUUGGUCCAGAAGCUUCUUCCAAGAUCUGGAGAGAACUUGCAAAGAUCAUAUCAGGCGACGGUGUUGGGGAAUUGGCUUGAGCUUCGGUUUUAGAGUGGUAGCACUCGAUCCGAAUUUUAGAAAGUUGUCUAUUGACACAAUAGUAUCUGCUUAUUCAAGGGCCAAAAAUAGGGCCAUACUCUUCGAUUAUGAUGGCACUGUGAUGCCCCAAACAACCAUCAACAAGACCCCCAGUCAGCAGGUUAUCUCACUUAUAAACGCACUCUGUGGUGAUACGAAAAAUACUGUUUUUGUUGUCAGUGGACGUGGUAGGGAUAGCCUUGGCAAGUGGUUUUCUCCUUGCAAAAAACUUGGUAUUGCAGCUGAACAUGGAUACUUCUUGAGGUGGUCUGCUGAUAAGGAAUGGGAAAUGUGCGGACAGAGUACCGAUUUUGGUUGGGUACAGAUGGCGGAGCCUGUAAUGAAAUUAUAUACAGAAGCAACUGAUGGUUCUUCCAUAGAAACAAAGGAAAGUGCACUAGUUUGGCACCAUUAUGAUGCAGAUCCAGGUUUUGGAUCCAGCCAGGCAAAGGAGAUGCUAGACCAUCUUGAAAGUGUGCUAGCAAAUGAACCUGUUGCAGUGAAGAGUGGUCAAUUCAUUGUUGAAGUGAAACCACAGGUAUAUUAUGUCCUCGCGCUGCCAUUCAUAUCCAUCUUUCUGAUUGAACAAGAUUUGUCGUUAAAUAUCAGAUCAUUUACUUUAAAAUGAGUUUUAUGAGUUUUGUUCAUCAUAUUUUUCCAGUUUUAAAUUUUCAGUAUGAAAAGAAUUUGUCAACACUUAAGUAUGUCUAGGCAUUUUCUUGCAUGAUAUAAUUCCUUUGGUAGCCUACUCCAAGCAUGUCAUGGCAAAACCCUCAAUACUUCUCUUUUAGCUAAAUGGUAUGACUCAUAUGCGAGGAUACUUGGGGAUCUAUGUCGGUAGACUUCUUUGUAGGAAUUCGUGGAAUGUUUUGUGGAAGGAUUGAGUCACAGAAUGUUUUGGUGAGGGAUUACUUUACUAUUGAGAAUGCGACAAUUGGUUGUUGAUUCACUUCUGUCACAUGGCUUGUCUAAUUGGAAGAAUCUUGGUUACAAAAUUUGAAUAUUGACAUUGAGCCAAAACUACAAAUAUAAUUAUCAGUGACCUAAGUGUAAUUGUGAUUUGGCUAAAUCUUUAUUCUCCAAUUAGUUCAACUAAUUUGUAAUUUGGGACAUAUUGAACAUGAGGUAGUUGAAGAUUCUAAGUGUUGGCUCUCCUUUAACGGACACAUUAACUUUUUAGUUUCUUGGUUUUGAUCAUGAGAACUGAUAAGCUUGGCCAGAAUAAUGUCAUUUUGCACUUGUUUGUUGAUUUUUGAGAAUUCCCUAUAGUUUGUGCAUUAUCACUCGUACAAAAGUAGUGUGAUGUUACAUGCCUUUGAUGGUUGCCUGAUCAUAUUGUUAUUUUUAGCUGUUGAAACAGAAAAUUCUUUCGAGAAAAAAUUGACCGUGAUGGGCAAACUGGGAGCCUCUGUUUUUUAAAGCUGUACAAUUUCUGCCCUCUGUAUUUCCAAAUCGAUCAAAUUUUGGCCUCACAAGGGGAAACCUUGUGAAUAUGGGGGUGUCUGGUAUCAGAGACCAAGCUUAAGGUUGACUAAGCGAUAGCUUUUGGAUUGAUAGAAAACAUGGCCCUGGACCAAGUACAAUGGCAUAAUAGGAGUCAUGUGGUCCACGCCAAAUAGAUGGAAGAUGAUUUUGUUGAUCCUUUUUAGUGACCGAAUUGAAGGAAAGAUGUUGAUAUCUGAGCUGUAAUCAUCCAGCAUAUCAAGUGCAGCUCAAAAUGACCAGGAUUGAAAGUCUCCAUCCAUCUAUAGUCUAGAGAAAUAAAAUUGAAUGAUGACCUCAAUUGCACACUAAGGGGUCGUUUGGCUGUUAUAUUAUAGGGUGUAUUAAAGAGUCAUAUUGGAUUAAAACACUUUAAUAUGGGUUUAUACUACAUUUGGAUGCAAAAAAUUAUUU